ACCACCUGCGAGCGGAUCCACGCGCGCCGCCAUUGUUUUCCGCACCGCGCUCGGGUCGCUUGCUUCUUCGCCGCCCCCCUCGUCCGUCGCCGCCCGCCGUCGUCGUCUUCGCCGUCCUCAGUCGUCGGGCGCCAGUGCUGCUCGUGUCGCCCUCCGCAAGGCCAGCUGCCGAGGGGUCUUAGAGGGGACUGACGGGGACUUAGCCGCGCGCAUCAACCGUGUCAUCAGAGGAAGGGAAGCCAAAGCCACCUGCCACCCAUCGGGACAAUAAACUCGUCACGAGAACCCGAAGUUUGUAAACAAGUCAUUAUCAAGAGCUCUCCCUCUCUCCCUCUCUCCCUCUCUCCCUCUCCCUCUCCAGCGGACGCGAGGGAGCCGCCCUUUCGCGGUCCGCCCGGCGCUUCUUGGCUGCACCAACCGACCCGCCACCCACGCCCGGAGGAGGUCACGGAGCCGCUGCAUUUCCUCCGCGUCUCAGUCUCGCCAGUGCUUGUCUGAAGCCUGAGCUCUUGUCGCAGGCUAGCUCAUUCGCACGCGCCCGCACGCACGCCCAGACGCCACCCACGGAGAGACCCAGGACGCCCCUCUUGGACUACCCGCUCUUUGAUCAACAAGGCGCUUCCUCCUUCCGCCGAGAUGGAAACGGCUAAGGAAAACAGAUCGGACACGAUCCCCGUCUUCUUCCCCUCCAUUGCCCCCCACCUGCGCGAGUCCGCCGUCCUCAAGAUGCUGCACGAGGAAGAACCCACAGGUAAAGUGCGCGGCUCUCAGUGGCCUCCCGCAGACAGCGCCAUCGGCCACAAACCGUCCAGCUUCUUCACCAAAGUGUCGCGGGGUCAAGGAGGACGCCCUGUGGAGUGGCCGCCCCGCCCAUCCCAAGAGGAGAACAAACAGGUAUCUUCGUCUGAGUCUAACGACGCUCCUGCACCGCCCGUGCCGCCUAGACCAGCUAACUAUCCGCAGGCCACCAUGGAUCCCUCUCAGCAACAGCAGAUGGUGUCUCAGCAGCAGCAAGUGCAACAGCAGCAGCAGCAGCAGCAUCGGCAGCAGAACGAAAAUGCCCCGAACAUGACGACGACCUACCCCUCCGGCUUCAAGCUGAGGGAGCGAGCGCCCGUCGAGCAGGCUCCGGCUAGGGUUGUGACGUCACAGCCAGCGUUCAAGAUGACCCAGCCAAUCAGGAAGUCAGGAGACAGCAAGUGGCCUCCGAAGGGAAACAUGGAACCCACACAGCAAGAGGUCCGUGAGUUCAUCAAACCCAGGAAGUCGAACAAGGAUUACUCCGAAUUCUUCGCCCAGAACGCCCUGCCCCACAACUAUGCCGCCUACCGCCCCGCCCAGGCACCCCAGCACCCGGUCUGCUCGAGGAGGGCGUGAGCAACAUGUAGGCGGCGAGAAAUGCCCUUUCGCAAGCCACUGAGAAUACGAGUACACAGAUGUAAACAUGGCCGUGUCGAGUGGCUACGAGAGAUGUAAAACGAAACAGACAAGUAUGGAAGGGAUUGGUGUAUGCCUAGGACUCGUGGAAACAAACAAAUAAACAAUAAAUAAGCUCUAAUUAUACAGGCUAGGGUACAUGUAAACAAACAAUAAACAGGCUCUAAUUAUACAGGUUAGGGUACAUGUAAACAAACAAUAAACAAGUUCUAAUCAUGAAGCAUAAGGGUACAUGUAAACAGUUAUAAAUGUCCACAUGGAGUGGCCGAGAUACAUGUAAACAUACAAACAAUAUAACAAAUAACGACCUUGGUAAAUACGUAUAAUUAAUGAAAGGAAACAAUAAACAUGCUCUAAGACACAGGUAAACAAAAGCUAUUGCCCGAGUCCUAGGAUGUGCCUACAAACAAACAAACAAACAAACACAGGAUUCGUUUCCAGUAGAAAAGCAACAACAAUGUAAA